AUGCAAGAUUCUGCUACUAGGUUCCGGGGAGUCGGGCAAGAGCACCAUCGUCAAGCAGAUGAAGAUUAUUCACCAGGAUGGCUUCUCAGACCACGAGCUCGCAGAGUAUCGGCCUAUCGUAUACAAGAACGUCCUGGAAUCAGCUCAGCAAGUCGUGAUCUACAUGAAGAAGAUAGGGCUCGAGUGCGAGGAGUACUCAAAUCGGGCCCUAGCGGAGAAGGUCCUCGAAUUCCGACUCGACACGCACAACACCUACUUCCCCACGGACAUCGCAGAGGCCAUCCACCAGCUCUGGAAGGACCGCGUCAUCCCAAAAAUCAUGGACGAGCACUCAUCCGACUUCUACCUCAUGGAUUCAGCCGGAUACUUCUUCGGCGAGGUCCUAAGGAUAGGAGAGCCCGGAUACCUGCCCAACGAGACGGACGUCCUAAGAGCACGGUGGAAGACGGUCGGGAUAAAGGAGACGAGGUUUACCAUGGGCCAGCUCUCAAUACACAUGUUCGACGUUGGCGGGCAGCGGUCAGAGCGGAAAAAAUGGAUCCAUUGUUUCGAGAGCGUCACAUCGAUCAUAUUUUGUACGGCGCUGAGCGAAUACGACCAGGUACUGCUGGAGGAGAAAACUCAGAAUCGGAUGGCGGAGUCGCUGCUGCUAUUCGAGUCCGUCAUCAACUCAAGAUGGUUCCUCCGAACAUCAAUUAUCUUGUUCUUGAACAAGAUCGACGUAUUCAAGAACAAGCUACCGAAGGUGCCUCUGGAGCGGUAUUUCCCAGAAUACACGGGCGGGUCAGAUAUCAACAAAGCGGCGAAAUACAUUCUGUGGAAGUUCAUGCAGGCGAACAGGGCGAGGCUGAGCGUAUAUCCGCAUCUAACACAAGCGACCGAUACCACGAAUAUCCGACUAGUAUUCGCCGCCGUCAAGGAGACGAUUCUACAAAAUGCACUCAAAGACUCGGGGAUUCUAUAGUCACCACCCUUCCUCUUUGUCCUCCUCUUUUUUGCUCGUCAUCGCGUCUUGCCCUCCAUGCUAUCCUCCACCUCUUCCUCCUCGGCCUUUGGUUCGCAUCGUUCAUAGAUUCCCCCUCUACCAGCUCCUAUCAACUCUCAAUCUCCUAUGUUCUUAUCGUCAUCGUCAUCGUCAUCGCUGUGCUCGUUCGUUCGUUUUUGGCCUCAACCUAUCCCUCUCUUUAUCCGUAUUCAUUCAGCUCAACGCGUCUCCGUCCUACCUUCCUCCUACACCUACCUCUUCGCUACCACCACCUGGCCACCUCGUCAACGCCUUUCAACGUCGUCGUCGGGCAUCACAUCACCUCUUAUCCAACCUCAACCCUGUCACACCUUCAUCUCUUCACAUCCGCGCCGACUCAGCCUUCGGCACUCUUCCUUCGAAUUCUUCGAUUCCGCUCCGCGGGCUGGCUCCGCGGAUGUUGGACCUGA